AUGGGUAGAGGGAAGGUUGAGCUGAAGAAGAUAGAGAACAAAAUAAACCGGCAAGUUACAUUCUCUAAAAGAAAGAAUGGUUUGGUGAAGAAAGCUCGUGAACUCUCAGUACUGUGUGAUGCUGAGGUUGCUCUUAUCAUUUUCUCAAGUCGUGGCAAACUCACUCAAUUUGCAAGUGCUGGUUCUGGCAUUACCAAAACCCUUGAACGAUAUCAGAGGUUCUCUUUUACACAUCUAGACAACAAUGUUGAACGUGAAACUCAGAGCUGGUACCAAGAAGUGUCAAUGCUCAAGGCAAAAUACGAGUCUCUUCAAAUGACACAAAGGCAUUUGCUUGGGGAAGAUCUUGGACCCCUGAACAUAAAAGAGCUGCAAAAUAUUGAGAAGCAACUUGAAGGGGCUUUAUCACAAGCUCGGCAGAGGAAGACACAAAUUAUGAUUGAACAAAUGGAAGAGCUUUGGAUAAAGGAACGCCAUCUUGGAGACAUAAAUAAGCAACUUAGACUAAAGCUUGAAGAAGAUGGAUUUAAUCUUAAAGCAAUUGAAAGUCUGUGGAGCUCUACCUCUGUUGCUUCUGAAGAUGGCAGCUUUCCCUUUCUGCAUUCUCAAAUCAAUCCCAUGGAUUUCCAAGCUGAAUCUUUCUUGCAAAUAGGGUACUCUCAAGCUGAGCCAUCUAAUGUUCCAAGGAACAUGGCUGAUGAGACUAACUUUAUCCAAGGAUGGAUUAUUUGA